AAAUAUAAAUAAUAAAUAUUGCCAUAUGAACACGUUAAAAAAAGUUAACGGCGUCAAAAUGACUACCUAAAGCCGGCCUCGAGUUGAAGGAACUUACUCCCCGGUUCAUUUAAUGAAUGUAGCCAGCGGUUCGAUUUCCUCAUGUCUCAUUCGUAAACAACAGAGGUCCCUCGGGGAUUUUGCUUUCUCGUUCUUUUUUAUCGGGCAUUUCAUUUUGAUUUCUUAUUUGUUCCGUUGGGGACGUCCCACGUUUCCCAGGCGCUCAUUCGAUUUGCUCUUCAAAGUCCAUUCAAUUUGCGGUUUAAUUAUGCUUAGCAUAAAUGAAUUAACAUGUAGAGUUUGUCUGCAUGAACAGCAGGUGCUAAUCAAUGUCUUCGAUGAGCUAGAAGACUUGGAAACUAGUCUUAGCUCGUUGCUUGAAAAAUGUGGUGGCAUACAGGUUGAAAACGAUGAUAUAUUUCCGAAAUAUCUCUGUGAAGAAUGUACCCGAGAACUUUUAAUUUCGGCUAAAUUUCGAGAUAAAUGUGCCAAAUCAAAGGAAGUCUAUGAAGGACUUUUGAAGGAGGGUAACGUUAAUAAUAACAAUGAAGACGAUUUAGAAGAAAAUGAAAGCUGCAAGGAACAGAAUAUGGCCUAUUCCACAGAGGAGCCGAAGGAAAACAAUUUUGAAAUGACCGAGGCUGACCAUGAGGAAACCAAUGGCGAUUUGUCAACCUUGAUUAAUCCAGACAACUUGGAGGAGCCCAUUAUUGAGGAAGAAGUUGUGGAUGUUGAACAAUUCACACAUCAAUCCGAGGAAAUUAUACAGGAAGUAGAAGAACAUAAUGAUGAAGUUGUUAAUACCUUUGAAAAUCCCGAUGAUAUGGUGAUAGAAGAAAAUACCCCUAGCAUUAGUUAUGAGCCAAAUACGAAUGAUUUCGAAGUUCACAUAGACCUCUCAAAUAGUGCAUUCAUUAAGUCAAUGCCCAUCAGAGUGAAAAAGCAAAAAUCCUAUACAUGUGAUAUUUGUGGAGCGGCAUUUGUUCAGUCGAUUAAUCUGCGUAAGCAUCUACAAAAAACACAUGCGCUCACACAAUGUUAUGCGUGUACGAUAUGUGAUCAUUGGUUCUCAUCGGAAAUGGGAUUAUUGCAACAUGCCAAAGAUUGUAAGGAGCCGUGUUCCGAUGAAGAGCUAAGCAGUGAGGAAAAGGGGAGAAAAGUACAAAAAUCGAAUCUGAGCAAUGAGCAUAUAGAAAACGACAGAAGAUGUGUUUAUUGUGAGCGAGUGUUUCAAACCCCUUUUGCUCUGCGAAUGCAUUUGCGAACACACACUGGCGAGAGGCCCUUUCAAUGUCAGUAUUGCGAUAAAUCAUUCAAAACCCAGUCGUCACUGAAUUCCCAUGUUAAAAGACACAUAGGCCAAGCAGAUUUUGUGUGUUCGAUUUGUGGCAAAGCAUUUUAUGAACGGGGCAAUCUAGAUGUCCACAUGCUGACACAUACCGGAGAGAGGCCUCACUCUUGUACUGUGUGCCAGAAAAAGUUUACGCGGGUAUUUCUGCUGGAAUUGCACAUGAGAACACAUACCGGCGAAAAGCCAUAUCCUUGUAGUUUUUGCGACAAAAGUUUUCGUCAAAGAUCCGACUGGAAAAACCAUCUAACCACCCACACUGGAGCAAAGAAACACAAAUGCCAGUUUUGUCCGAAGAGUUAUAUGAAAAGAGCAUCUCUUGAGCAGCAUAUGCGAACGCAUUCGAUACUGCAAAUUGAUGCGGAUAAUUUAAUUGAGCAGUCUGCUGGGGUAGCUGGUCUCUCUGGCGACAUGGACGUUUUCGGCGAUUUUAUAGAAAAUGAAGAAGAUUUUCAAACAAACGAAGUGACAUAAUAAAGGCUUUAUUCCGUAUUAUCUGCAAA